UUAGAGCUCUCCGCUUCUUCCCUUCAGCACUUCAACGGCACCAGCACUCAUCCUUCUAAAGCAACUCAUCCUCCCACAGGCAGGACUUCAUCCUCUAGCCAGGCAUCAUCUCAACUUUCCCCUCUCUCAGUGAAAUGGCCAGUGACAGUUUGAUGAUCCUCGAUUCCAUCCUGAGUAGCAGUGGUUUCACGUACUCCGAGAGGUUAAAAUCACGCUAUACCAAGUGGAAUAUUCGGGCCUCUGAAAUGUCCAAACGCACUUUCAACCCAAUACGUGCCAUUGUGGAUAACAUGAAGAUCAAGCCAAAUCCUGAGAAAGCCAUGAUUACCCUGUCUAUUGGUGAUCCCACUGUGUUUGGGAAUCUUCCCACGAAUGAAAAUAUUCUGCAGGCCAUGAAGGAAGCAGUGGACUCGGGCAGAUUCAAUGGCUAUGCACCUUCCGUAGGUUAUCAUACUAGCAGAGAUGCAGUGGCUAAUUUCUACAGCUGUCCAGAAUCACCUUUGAAGGCAAAGGAUGUGAUUUUGACCAGUGGCUGCAGUCAAGCCAUUGAACUAGCCAUCAACGUACUGGCCAACCCAGGACAGAACAUUCUCAUCCCCAGGCCUGGAUUCUCUCUCUAUAAAACAUUGGCUGUGUCUCUGGGUAUUGAAGUUAAAUUCUACAAUUUACUGCCAGAACGAUCAUGGGAAAUUGAUCUUCAGCAUUUGGAAGCUUUGAUUGAUGAUAAAACUGCCUGCAUCAUUGUGAACAAUCCUUCAAAUCCUUGCGGCUCCGUGUUCAAUAAAUCGCAUCUCCAAAAUAUUCUGACUGUUGCUACAAGAAAUUACCUACCAAUCAUAGUGGAUGAAAUCUACGGAGAUAUGGUCUUCCCUGAGAGCCAAUUUAUUGGUCUUGGCUCCCUGAGCAGAAGUGUCCCCAUCCUGUCCUGUGGAGGUCUGGCUAAACGUUGGCUUGUACCCGGCUGGAGAAUGGGUUGGAUUCUCAUCCAUGACCGGAAUGAUAUCUUGAGCAGAGAGGUCCGAAAUGGCCUGGUCUGUUUGAGUCAAAGAAUUCUUGGUCCAUGCACAAUAGUACAAGGAGCACUGGAAGAUAUUUUGAAUAAAACAACUCAAGAUUUUUACGAUGACACCAUCAACAUCCUGAAGUCCAAUGCUGACCUGUGUUUCAAUGCACUUUCUAUGGUUCCUGGCCUAAGACCCAUCAGACCUUGUGGGUCCAUGUACAUGAUGGUUGGGAUUGACAUUGAUGAUUUUCCUGAAUUCAAAAACGACAUUGACUUCACGGAGCGCAUGAUUUCGGAGCAAUCAGUGUUUUGCCUUCCUGCUACGUGCUUCGAGUAUCCAAACUUCUUCCGUGUGGUUACAACUGUGCCUGAGGACCUGAUGUUGGAAGCGUGCAACCGCAUCCGUGAAUUCUGUGAGGUGCAUUUCCAGUCACAAGAACAUUGCAGUGUACCUGAUAUUGAAUGUGAUAAGUAAUCAUGUGUAUGGAAUUACUAUUAAAUCUUUGUCUGUUAUUUUAUUCAACCCUAAGAAUGUUUAAAUUUCUGUACAAAGUUUAAUUUAUUAUUUAUGCAAAGUAAUUCUCAUGAAAUGUAAUUUGUGCCAUGGUGGGUCAGUCACCUUGUUUAGAGGUUCUGGUCUCAAGCUGGUGCGUGUUUAGAGCUCAAGACCCUGGUUAUCAGCUGUCACUGGCUUUAACACCAUUCCCAAUGUUUAGGUCCAGAUCUGUUCAAUGCUGACACAAUUAAUAAACUGUCACAUUUACUCUAAUGAUUGUUUCUGAGGAUAAUCUCGAGGGUGAAAAGCUGGAACAAAGAGGAGCAAAUAAUCGGUGUAGUAAUUGGAACAAUGAACAAUCAGCAAUCUCUUCACAUACAUCAUUAGAUGCACUGAACAAAUAUAGUAUCAUCCUCCUUAAACUUGUUGGUGUGAGACCUCUUAAACACCUCAAUUGUUCCUCUUUAAAACAUUGCAUUUUAUAAACAGCAAUCGGUUUGAGAAAUGACUGGCAUCCAAUUGGGGAAAAUUAAAAGGCAAUGAUUCUCAGCAACAGCUAAGAUGCAUCAUUUAUUUCAGUCA